AUGUCGGACCUCGACGUUGCCCCGACACAAUCGAGCCCGAUGAAGUCGAGCCCCUCAGUGUCGAUGACGGCGACGGUGGAAGCGAGGGAGCAACAGCUCUUCGCCCACAUGGGCAAGCCUCGCCUUUCGAAGGCGAUGGACAAGUACUUUCUUGCCACGCCUUCGAAGUACGAGGCCAAGAUCCGCAAGCUCGCAAGCAAAUUGGGGACGGAGGCUGGGAUGAAAGAGAUCGCUGACGCGAUCAAGGAUGUGGUGAGUGCCCCGGUGCUAUCGCUUGGCUUCGACCGCACGAGUAUGACUGACCACUGUCUCCCGAUCAUUGAUGCACCCGGGUGUAGACUGGUGAUCGACGUCUGGUCGGAUGUGGCAACUCGGGUAGCCCCAUCAAGCUGGCGCCCGGGGAGCGGGAGAACACGCCCGACGCCGUCAUCCUCACGCAUGCGGCGGUGGCCGCUGCCCCCGAUCUUCCCUUCGUUUGGGCGCAGUCAGAGCACCCAAAGUCAACGGAAGGCACGCCCCCGUCGCCUCAACGCGCAUACUCGCAGAUUGCAGUGGCGAUUGAAGUGAAGGAGAGCGACACGAAGAGCGCAGAAGCGCGUAACCAAGUGCUUAGGCGGCUACACAUGAUCUGCACGACCGCGCUCCGCGCCCACGCGAUCGGGGUCACCCUUUGCGGGGACGUGCUUCAAGUCUACCUGGUCAACGCGUGUGGGGUGUUCACGACGAGCGCCCGCGAGUGCGGUGAGAAAGCCGUGCUGCUCCGGCGCGUGCUGUCACACCUCAUCGAACUCGACGACAACGGGCUCGGGAUGCUGGCCUCGACGAACGAGGUCGACGACGCUUUCGGCAGUUUUGUCGUCUCGGACAAGUUUCUCCCACCCCGCGCCCACGACUUCGAGUCCGAGCUCGGCGAUAUCUCAGAUCUCGAGAUCCAGGAGCUCCUCUUCCGUCGCCGAAGCUGCCUGGGUCGCGCCACCUCCGCUUUCCGCGUCACCGCGCGACACGCGCCUGUCGACCGCACGUCGAUCACCUUGCCUUCGACUGCCCCCGAGUACGCCAUGACAGUCGCAUGGGUUGAGCAAUCCCGCCUCGACGAUGCGAUUGCCCUACGUCGCAAGAUGCACGCUGCGUCGCGUAUCGACACCGAGGGUUUAAGCCUUAGCGCCGGCAUCUACCGGGACGACUUCCGCACGCUUCCAACCUUCUUCGGCGACGAUGAAAGUUUCGAUGGUAUCGUGCCCCGGGCACUAGAGGUGGUCUUCCACCGACAGUGUUAUCAGCCCCUCAACACGGCGACCACGACAAGGGAACUCGCCCAGGCCGUACUUGGAGUCGUCAAAGGUGAGCACGGGGAUCAACUGGGCGGCCUUGCGUUUGCGCUCCCUAGCCGACACGCCCGUUCCCAUGACAAUGCAGGACACCGAAACCUCUACAAGCUGGGGUAUAUUCACCGGGAUAUCUCGUACGGUAACGCCGUUAUCGACCGCGACGGUGUCGGCGCCCUCAUCGACUAUCACCUCGCCGUCCCGCAUGAUCGGCCUUGCACCGAGCUGCACCACAGAAUACGAUACGUGCGUCCUCCGCUCUGUUUGUUUACCUGAAUGAAGUUUCUGACAAGCACUAACCUUUGGACUAUACGACGUCUGACAGGGCACCUGGCCUUACCUCGCCUGCUCGAUCCUCGCCCAACCGAACGAGCCACUCGGUGUCGUCCACGAACGGUGGCACGACAUCGAGUCGCUCUUCUACGUCGUGAUGGAAGUUUCGUUCCGCGAGCCGUACCAGGGCAACAAUGAAGAGCUUGUGAUGACGCCAAAGGGUGAAACCAUCUGGGGGGACUGGAACCGGCCAGAAGCGCACCUAGUCUAUGCCAUCAAAGAAAAGCUUCGCAUGGACAAAGCUUACAGAUCUUUACUCGGAGGCUGUGCACAUCGAUGGACAAAUAUCCGGCUCCUUAUCGACAUCUUGAGACGCAAUUGCGGCCUCGAUAGUCGGUUCCUUGGUCUCGAGGUGGCCGAGGAAGAUUCCGAACUGGGGGAGUUGUGGGGUCCAUCCAAGGCGAUGUCGCACGAAUCCAUCAUCACGGACAUUGAGCAACUGCUCCCCUUGCUCUGA